AUGAGGGUCUUGUGUUUGAUCUUUGGAGUCCUUUACUUGCUGUCCACAGUUCCUCCAGCCAGAAGCUUCAUUUAUAUUGAUGAAUGUCCUUCAGAAUAUUAUAAUUGCAGAAUGAAGUGCAAUGCUGAUGAACAUGCAAUUAGAUACUGUGAUGACUGGACCAUCUGCUGCAAACUGAAGUACAUUGAAAUUGAAAAACUAAAGAGGGGGCGAAAAUACUAA